AUGCCUUCGAUAGUGUUGAAAUGCGUACUGCUGUCUUUGUUGGUGGGGUGGACGGCGUGUGCCUGCAUGCUGAAGAAUCACACCUUAUGGAUUGAGAGGCAAGACUGUGCCCAGUGUGUGGCCGUCAACACUACUAUCUGCAGCGGUUACUGUUACACCCAGGACACCAAUUUGAGGGGACGGUUCGGCAGGACCUUCCUGAUCCAGCGCAGCUGUGUGCCUCUCUCCGUGGUGUACCGAGCUGCCUGUAUGCCGGGCUGCCCUCAGGAUGUCAACCCACAGCUGUAUUAUCCUGCGGCCCACCGGUGCAGCUGCAGGCGCUGUGACACAAGAACAUACCACUGUGUCGGCACUAGCCGGAUCUCCUAUGACCGAUGCACCGCAACCCCUGGCAGUGCGGAGGGCCAGAACUAG